GCGGGCAAAGCGCGCUGCCUGGAUUUGGCGUUUGGAGGGAUGCUGCAGCGCUGUGCAAGGCAUUUGAAUUAGCUUUAGCAGAAGAGAAAUGGAGGAACCAUAGAAGAUUAAGGAUGAAUUCAGGAAGACCUGAGACCAUGGAAAACUUGCCUGCUCUCUAUACUAUUUUCCAAGGAGAGGUUGCUAUGGUGACAGACUAUGGAGCCUUUAUCAAAAUACCAGGCUGCCGGAAGCAAGGUCUGGUCCAUCGAACUCACAUGUCAUCAUGUCGUGUGGAUAAACCCUCUGAGAUUGUAGAUGUUGGAGAUAAAGUGUGGGUGAAGCUUAUUGGCCGAGAGAUGAAAAAUGACAGAAUAAAAGUAUCUCUCUCCAUGAAAGUUGUCAACCAAGGGACUGGAAAAGAUCUUGACCCCAACAAUGUUAUCAUUGAGCAAGAAGAGAGACGAAGGCGGUCCUUCCAGGAUUACACUGCACAGAAGAUCACCCUCGAGGCUGUCCUGAACACUACUUGCAAGAAGUGUGGUUGUAAAGGCCACUUUGCAAAGGAUUGUUUUAUGCAACCAGGAGGAACCAAAUACUCUCUGAUACCUGAUGAGGAAGAGGAGAAGGAAGAGGCAAAGUCAGCAGAGUUUGAAAAGCCUGACCCUACAAGGAAUUCUAGGAAAAGAAAGAAGGAAAAGAAGAAAAAGAAACACAGAGACAGAAAAUCAUCUGACUCUGACAGCUCAGACUCUGAGAGUGAUACAGGCAAGAGGGCAAGACACACAUCAAAAGACAGCAAGGCAGCAAAGAAGAAGAAAAAAAAGAAGAAGCACAAGAAGAAGCAUAAGGAAUGAUAAUAGAAAGAGGGGGUGGUUGAGAGAAGGGCCAGGAGUCUUAUGCCUUAAAGCCCUGGCUCCUUGAAAGCCUUGAUACUGAAGAAAU